AUUUUCCGCCAAAACGACCUGGAUUGGAAUCGCCCUACUCCAUGCUGCUAGGAUAAUUCAACCUUCAACUUGCGCUUCAAGAAGAGUCACCUUGACCAUCUCCGUCGUCACAAGUAUCACAUCGAAGGCUUCUUGUGCAUAAUUUUACGGCAAUCUGUCGGUUACACCUACGUUAGGGCAACUGCACAUCAUCAAGAACAUGCGACUGAGCUUUCAAGGAACGCUUAACCCGCGUCGUCAGAAAACGACCUUAGGCCAUGCUCGCACACAAGUUCUGGGAACAAUUUUUCUUGCGACCACUUUGGUCUUUCUGGCGAAUCUGACAAUCUGCCAGCGUAGUGGCGGACAAUUUUUCACUCCUGGAUUGCUCAUCGUCAACGGUCCGGCUCCUGAUUCUAAAAAGCCUGCGGGGAAGAAAAUUCUUAUAUCUUUAGAAAUCACAGGCGAUGGCGUCUUGAAGCCAUCAAAUACUGACGCUGGGUCCCAGCUUGCUACGGCAAUCUUAAGUGUUGAGAUAUAUCUGGCCAACCGCGAGCGUAACAUUACAAUAAGCCAGGGACCUGAGCUAAUGCAAGGUGAGCGAGGAAGUAGUGUCAAACACAUGGAUUUUGUGAUUCCAGAGUGCACUCCACCCGGAGAUUAUCAGGUUAUAUUUCACGAGCUUGAUCGCAUCAACGGGAAACAAUUUUAUUCAAUUUACUUUCUUCCUUUCCAUGUUCUCAGCACUGAAGCAAAAGGCACAGAAAACGUCGGAGAAGGCGAGCAAAACAAGUGCGAUAAAUUUGCAGCGUCGCAGGCUGAGCUGCAGGAUUCGCGGCCAUCUAAGCAACCUUUCCUUAAGAAAGGAGUGACUGGUUUUACACUCCGAAAAGGGAAGCUGCCGUUACCUGAAAACGAAGACAUCUUUGUGCCCGAAGUUGAAGUGACCACCUUAAUCGUUGAGGGCACGAGCAACCCAAAACCAGCGCCGCCAGCCGAAGCUACAACUCCGCCUGCUCCAGACGUAACGGAAAAACCAACUCCACCUAUCGAGAAACCUAGGGCACCUUUCAAAAAACCAACGCCACCAGCUCUCAACGACAAUCCAACACCCUCCCCCAACCAGCCAACUGACCGGGAGAAAGAAGCCAGCCCAACCGCCAUCAUAGAUUUCGCCAAUACAACCGUAGAAGAUACUCCAGAUGCAGAGAAAAAGGCUUCCCAGAAUACUGGAGAGCCGUCUAAUCUGAAACCUACCACCAUAGCAAAUGGGCGUGACCAAGUCACAUCGAAUCCUAAUGUGAGCCCAAGUUCAGACAAUCCAGUUGAUUCGCCAGACCGAUCCCGACCAGGGGAACCCCAGGAAAGUUUGAAUCUCGAAAAAAAGAAAACAAAACUGUCUGUUGGUUCGUCAUUGAAUACAGAACAGUCCAAGACACCGCCCGCAGCCUCGGACUCCGGUAAUUUAGCUCGAGUAGCUAACCAGUCACCGAUCCUAGUCGCUGAUUUGAAGUCGCCAUUUAACAAGAGGCCAACAAAAGUCGAAGGUCAAGAAGAGAUUGGAGGGCCACUGGCAGGAGGAGGGCGUUUGAAAACAGGUUCGGUGAACCAGGGGUCUGGUUUUACACAUGCAAAGGACACAUCAGACCGACUAGGCCACGAUUCACUUGAUUCCGACUCUGAGUAUGGGACAAUUCACCAGAAUGCUACCAUUGUUGAAGCGGUUGUCAAUCAUGGCAUGCUGGGAACCGUUUCACAAAACAAGACAGCAGUUUUGGGACAAUCAACAAAACAAAUGUUCUUUUCAGUCCCACUCAUUGCCCCCUCAACAUCCAAUUGCAAUGUUGUAUCCCUUGGUGGCUGGAGAAUCUUGUUUUUUCUACCUUUGACUCUACAUUGCAUUGCAAGAUUGCUAAACAAGUUGUAAUCAUAAAUGAGACUGUUAGAAUUAAGAAAGAGUUUUCAAUUGCCAAGAUUCCAGUGUAUUUCUCAAAUUAUAGACAACCAGCUUGUAGCUUGAAGAGAAGCAAAUUGACCAAAAAAAC